UAAACUGCAAGUCAAAGUGAUCGUAGUUCCCUUUUGCACGCUUUUCGGAUUACGAUUGCACUGAGUUAUGAGUACGUUUUUUUGAAAUUAAACAGCUGAAUCUUUUCGAAAACGCACCAUUGGAAAUAUGCCGUAUCGUUGUUUGACGUUUGGCUGAUUAAUUUUAUCAGUGAUGUGACAGACCAUCGUCUCGCUUUGACGGAGUGCCUUGAUUCCGAGUUCAUUCCGACUCGUUUUGUGCGAAGUGCUAACCAUCCAGAAUGAAUUCUUUUUUCAACCUGCCCAUAGUCAAAAAAUUGAUGGCACUGAAAAAGAGCAGCCGAUCUACUUCGGAAUCGGACGAGAAGUGGGAGGAGAAGGCAGUGAAGGGUCUGAUGAAGAAGCUGAAACAGAAAGGCAAAGGGUUUUCUACCGUGGACGACUUGGAAAGAGCCCUGUCGUCGCAAGAUAAGCACAGUCAGUGCGUCAUCAUUCCUCGCACUUUGGAUGGCAGACUGCAAGUUGGCGAUCGCAAAGGAAUGGCUCAAGUUCUGUAUUGCCGAAUUUGGCGUUGGCCAGACCUUACCAGUUACCGUCAGCUGCGAUCCACCGACACUUGUUCGAACGGUUUUAGCACAAGGAAAGACGUUAUUUGUGUUAAUCCGUAUCAUUACGAUCGUAUUAUGCCAGCCGAGGAAUCGCCAGUACUGGUGUCUGAAAACCACGGAGAAGCCCUUCCUCCGCAUUGUGAUGUUUCAGAGCCGGGCAAUGCAUUGGUCAAUGGUGUUCCAGUUGACGGCAACCGCCCGCUGGAUUCAGGUGAGCUCUUUUUUCCGGAAGUUGAUUCGCCCACGUGGACGGACGAUAGUGGAAUGCUGAGCGGAUCUGACACGCUGACUGCCGUCGAAUCAUCAUUCUCUGACGAUGAUAGCAAUAGCGUGCCUUCUCCAGGAAGCAGCGGGGAUACCAACAGCCACGCCCCGAUGUCUCCUGACGUGGAUCCUGCGGAUGGGGAACCGGUCGCCUUUGUCGAACCGGCGUUUUGGUGUUCUGUGAAUUAUUACGAGCUGGACGCGCGCGUGGGCGAGGCCUUCCAUGCCUCGCUGCCUUCGGUGACCAUCGAUGGUUUCACCGACCCGUCGAAUGCGGAGCGCUUCUGUCUGGGCGCCUUGUCGAACAUCAAGCGGGAUCCCGUGGUGAAGUUCACUCGACGGUAUAUUGGCAAGGGUGUCCGGCUGUACACCAUUGGAGGCGAUGUGUACGCGGAAUGUCUUGGCGAGUGCGCUGUGUUUGUACAGAGUGCGAGCUAUAACCAGCGAAAUGGCUUGCACCCGGCUACCGUGUGUGGAAUAGCUCCAGGAUGGACUUUGAAGAUCUUCAGCAAUCAGGAGUUCGCUGCUGUGCUGACCCGUGCAGCGGCACAGGGCUUCGAAGCGGUAUACGAACUGGCAAAGAUGUGUACGAUCCGAAUGAGUUUCGUUAAAGGAUGGGGAGAUCAGUAUCGGCGACAGACCGUCCAUGCUUCACCAUGCUGGAUUGAGAUUCACGUCAAUGGACCGCUGCUGUGGCUGGACCAAGUUCUUAAACUGAUGGACUCACCCGGAAUUCCUUGUUCCAGCAACACGUAACCAUUGUUAUGACUUCCGUUUUUCCGAUUACGAUGCAAAGGAGAUUAAUUUGUACUUUGUAUUAACGUGCGCAUCUUGCCUUAUUGUUCCAGAAGGUAUUGGUUGUUGUUUUCAUGACAGCGAUAGUUUUUGUUGGCGCUUUGUAUCUGUUCGUCUGGGAUUUGUGUCCUUCGCCACAGUGCACGUGCUUAGGUAGCGAAUAUUGGUUGUUUUACAAUCGUUUAGAAGGUUGUUCAGCGACAAUUGUGAAUUCUUAUCUGGAUAAGGUAGUUUUAUUCCCAAUCCGUAGUUCUGUGGUAAUCACUGGUUUUUGUUAUGGAUCUAAGUGACCUUACGAACAGGGAUGUUGAUUGUUGUGUUGUGGCUUAUUUUUCCUAAUGGUUGUUUUGUUGAUUGUUUCUGUUUUGUUUGUUUACUAACUGCGCGGAAUCUGAAUAAGUGGAUCUGCUAAUC